GGUUUUUCUAACUGGCCACACCUGGAAAUAAUUCUCUUUAGGAUUAUCUUGAUCUUCUACUUGGUGACCCUGAUAGGCUACCUGUUCAUCAUUGUCCUGUCAUACCUGGACUCCAACCUCCACACUCCCAUGUACUUCUUCCUCUCAAACCUCUCUGUUCUAGAUCUUUGCUACACCACCAGCUGUGUUCCUCAGAUGUUGGUGAAUUUCUGGGGUCCAGAGAAGACCAUCAGCUACACUGGCUGUGCCAUUCAGCUCUACGUUUUCCUGUGGCUUGGAGCCACUGAAUGUGUCCUUCUUGUUGUCAUGGCCCUUGACCGCUAUGUAGCUGUGUGUUAUCCUCUACAAUAUACAACUAUCAUGCACACCAGAGUCUGUGUGCAGCUGGCCAUCCUUGCUUGGGGAACUGGCUUGGUUCAUUCUGUGAUUCAGGCCCAUGCCACCCUCCAGUUACCAUUCUGCUCUCGCCAGAUGCUAGAUGGCCUUUUUUGUGAAAUUCCAGCCCUGAUUCAGAUCUCUAGCUCAGAUACUACCUACAAUGAAAUCCUGAUGUCUAUAGCCAGUAUUAUUCUCCUCGUGGUGCCCUUGAUCCUUAUCCUGUCCUCAUAUUGUGCUAUUGCAAAGGCGGUGCUGAAGAUAAAGUCAGUAGCUGGACGGAAGAAAGCCCUGGGCACCUGCACUUCUCACCUUCUGGUGGUCUCAUCCUUCUAUGGUACUGUUACUAGCAUCUACCUUCAACCCAAAAAUCACUAUGCUCAUGAACGGGGCAAAUUUCUCACCCUUUUCUACACUGUAGUCACACCAACUCUUAACCCCCUCAUCUAUACUCUGAGGAACAAGGAAGUAAAAGGGGCAUUAAUUCGAUUAGGUAAGAAAGCACAGGAUUCUCAGAAUAUCUAG